CAUAAGUUUAACAAGUUUCUCAUUCAACCUCCAAAACUACAAUUGGUUGUUCGUUUGGUGGGACCGGUGAAUUCUAUAAGUUUUUGCUUUAAGAUGAUGAUCGGGAUUCGCAGCGGGUUUGCUUAUUGUUUCUCCGUCAACGUGCAGCGGGAAUUCGACAAUUCGUAUACGUCGUGGGCAAAGGCUAAAGGGAUGGUAAUUGUUUGUGAGAAUUGAGGGGUAAAAACUAAAAGUUGUUGACAUGACUGGAACUCAAGGAGACGAUUUCGUAUUGCCAAACCAUAUUAUUCAUUUGGAGGAUGAACCAGACCAUCUUAUUGUCCUCGUUCAUGGCAUCUUGGCUAGCACUAGUGACUGGACAUAUACGCAAGCAGAAUUGAAGAGACGUUUGGGCAGAAAGUUUUUGAUAUAUGCAAGUUCAUGCAAUGCUUAUAUAAAAACAUUUGCUGGGAUUGAUGGAGCUGGUAAACGCCUUGCAGUCGAAGUAAUGCAAGUUGUAAAAAGUAGAGGGAGCCUAAAAAAGAUUUCUUUUAUAGCCCAUUCACUUGGUGGGCUGAUUGCAAGAUAUGCAGUUGCUGUUCUUUUUACCAAAAACAUAUCAAGCACUGCAAAUAGAAAGCUGGUAUGCUCUUCAAUACAAGGGUUCAUUGCUGGUCUAGAACCAAUAAAUUUCAUCACUUUGGCUACCCCACAUCUUGGAGUCAGAGGCAACAGACAGCUUCCAUUUCUUUUGGGACUUCCCAUCUUAGAAAAACUUGCUGCACCAAUGGCUCCUUUUCUUAUUGGGAGAACUGGUAGGCAACUCUUCCUCACUGAUGGAAAACCAAAUAUGCCACCUCUUCUUUUACGAAUGACAUCACAUUGUGAAGAUCGAAAGUUUAUAUCUGCACUUGGUGCUUUCAAAUGUCGUGCCGUUUAUGCAAAUGUUUCUUAUGACCAUAUGGUUGGUUGGCGUACAUCAUCGAUAAGAAGAAAGACGGAGCUUGCCAAGCCUCCUGCACGAUCUUUGGACGGCUACAAGCAUGUUGUAAAUGUUGAAUACUGUCCCCCGAUUUUGUCAAAUAGUCCUCACUUCCCUCCUGAAGCUGCCAAAGCAAAGGAGGCCGCCCAAAAGGAACUUAACAUGGAUAGUAGUACAUUAGAAUACCAUGAAAUCAUAGAAGGGGAAAUGAUAAGUGGAUUGCAACAGUUAGGAUGGAGGAAAGUAGAUGUUAGUUUCCACUCAACAUUCUGGCCCUUCUUUGCUCAUAAUAACAUACAUGUUAAGAAUGAAUGGUUCCAUAAUGCUGGAGCUGGAGUGAUUUGUCACGUCGUGGACAGCAUAAAGCAACAAGAGAAGCUGCAUGGAUCCAGAUCUAACACAUUCAUUGCUGCUAGCUUGUGAUUUCUAUCUUUUAUUGACUCUAUCCUGAUCCCAUCUCUGCUUGGAGAGUCCCGUGCUGCUGUAAAGACUACAAUGAUCAUGAAAUUUCCCUCUUUACUCGAGAGAGUAUAAUUCUUUAAAUGUAUUAAAGAUGGUUAAAACGGUAUAUGUAAUGUAAAAUUUUGUGCUGCCUUAUGUUAACACUCGAAAUGCUUUGACAUGUAUGUCACCUACAAAACAUUAUGAACCUUUGCAUGGCUUCUACUUCUGAUUCCAAUUAAAUAUCAAAUGGAUAAG